GCUCCAUUACCGCCUUGCUGGCUUGCCUAGCGCUUUCAUGGCGCUUGCAGAGAGAUCUCCAGAGUGCCUUGGAGCAGGCCCCCAAAGCCGAAGAUCCGCUUCCAGCCCUCCUGCUGAGCAAAGCAGCCAGUGCUGAAAAGCCUGGGCUUCUGGAGGCGCAAGCAACUCCGGAGACCGACCCAGAGCCGGCUGAGAGGAUUUCGGAGUCCACGCAGGGGGCGCAAGCUCCAUCCACAGCCACCGAUGCCAAGGCCUCUAGCAUACCGCCAGCAGACGCCAAAGAGAAAAUACAUGCGCACCCGGACAACAAGGAAAGCAGCCCAACCCCUCGGGACGACACAAGCGCAAUGUCAACCACUCUUCCCAGGUAUCUCUCCACAGUGCUGCCCAACUGCGCGACAGU